AUCGUUUUUAGUUUAAAUCAAUAAUUCUAUUAAAAUAUUUAUACAUACAAUUUUAUUUUCUCAAUUUAAAUUAAAGUUUCUGUUGGUUUAAUAUCUCUCCAAAGUUUAUGCCUUCUGGAUUGAAUAUGUAUAAUGGCGCAGUUACUUUCUUGUUAUUUGAAUUAGACCAAAAGAACUAUUGAUUGAUUUACAUUACUCGAUAAACAUCCCUUAAUAUAUGAUAUUUUUUCACAGCCUAAUGGUAACAUUACUAAUUGAAUUUACUGAUACAUCGAGUAUUAGCUAAAUCAGUCAGAGUGAGAAUGACACAUAAAACCGAUUUUUUUUUCCAAUCAUGUGUGACAUGUAUUCACAUCUUAUGAAGAAUUAUGGAUUCUUGAUGAUAAAAUAUGUUAGAUUUGUGUUCACUUGGAACAUUAGUCAUAAAAUUUCUGAAGACAAUCAAUCAUUAUGGGAUUAUAGAACUUUCAAUUUGUCAAAUUCACAUAACUGCGAACAGUUUAAAUUGUUCUAUGGACAUUCUGUUACAGUGUCAAAAGAAGAACAACAAUUUCCAUUGGCAUUCAGUAUAGCUGUGCAUCAAAAUAGUAAACAAGUAGUUCGUCUCCUUCGUUUAAUAUACAGACCGCAUAAUUUAUACUGUAUUCAUGUAGAUUCCAAAUCGCCACAAGCAUUUUAUGAUGAAAUUCGGAAGUCUGCUGAAUGUUUCGGUCCUAAUGUCAUAGUUAUUAAUAGAUCAGAAAGUGUGAAAGUUGAAUGGGCUUAUUAUUCCAUACUAGAAGUGUUUCUUUUAUGUGCGGACAAAUUAUUAGAGAAUACUAACUAUACAUGGAAAUACAUUCUAAAUCUGAGUGGACAAGAACUACCAUUAAGAACAAAUUGGGAAUUGGUUGAAGCAUUGAAAGCCGUAAAUGGUUCAAAUGUCGUUGAAGGUCUAGGCCCUCGGUUUAACCCAAAAAGAUGGCCAAAUAAGACAUUUGAAUUUCCAAUUGUUUGGAACAAAGGAAGUUUCUAUAUGGCAUUAAAACGAGAAUUUAUAUAUUUUCAAAAAAAUAAUUCAAAGGCACAAAAAAUACUUGAUGCAUUGAAAGCUGAGAAACAUUUACCAAAGCAUCCAGAUGAAUUGUAUUUUCCUACUUUAAAUCAUAAUCCACAAUUUGGUGCUCCUGGUGCUUGUAUAAACAAUGAAAAAAAUCCAUCAUCAACAUUUAUAGCACGCUACAUCAUUUGGGGCAAACAAAAUUGUUUAAGUAACAACACUCGUCGAAGUGUUUGUAUAAUUGGUAAGGCGCAUCUGCCGUUCAUACCAUUACGAAUGGAGUUUUUUAUAAAUAAAUUUCAUGAAAAUUUUCAACCAAUUGCUUAUGAUUGUACAGAAUAUUAUAUUAUGAAUAAAGUAAUAAAAGAAAUGCAAACAAAACAAUUAGAUCCAAAUUUCAACGUAACGUUUUAUUCUAGACUUCAUUGUUCAAAUAAUCAUAUUUAAUAUUGAACCAGAGGUUGCUGUCGACUAGUAUCCAUUCUUACGAAGUUGAAUCGUUUACAAGAAUCAAAUGUGUCGGUUUCGUUCUUGUUAAACCAAUGAUUACCUUGUUUUGUCUAAGUGACUAAUUUUCACAACUAAGAUCAACCAUACAGAUGAAUUAUUAUAUAAUAACUUAAUUAUAUCUAUUAAGCUUUUAUCAUUUCAAAGAGAUUUUUAAGGAUUAAGAUUUUCUUUUCAAAAAAAAAAGGAAACAAUAAAAUCUUUUUAUGUUUUUAGAAUGAAUGUAAUUUAUGCACUAAUGAACUUGGUUGUAAGCUACACUGAUUGUCU